CAUGGGAAUUCCAACAAUUUUUAAAGGAUAAUGGCAUCAAACAGAUUCUUACACCUCCAGGGUUUCCAGCUACAAAUGGGCAAGCCGAAAAUUUUGUUAAAACUUUUAAAAAAUCUCUUGAAGCAAGUUUAAGCUCUGGUGAAAAAGGAAGUUUAGACAUAGUGCUUAAGAGAUUUCUAUUUGAUUAUCGUACUAUGAAGCAUUGUACAACAAGAGAGUCUCCAGCUAAACUUAUGUUAGGUAGAGAAAUGAAAACGCGGUUCGAUUUAUUAAAACCACCUUUAGUGAAAGACAGAGUGAGAGAAAAACAACUUAGUAACAUUCAAAACCAUGGGGGUUCUAGAGAUAUUAUUUUUACGGAAGGCACACCGGUCUUUAUCCGAGAUUUUUCAGACCCAAAUAAGGUAGGAUGGCAGGAAGCGGUAAUUAAGGAGCGUUUAGGUCGACGAACAUAUGGUUGCACAAUAUCAAGAACUAAUAGGGUGAUUAAGCGCCACGUCGACCAAAUGAUGGCUUAUAGUGGUAGUGCUAUAAAAAAUGACUUAACUACGAAGGAGUUGAACGGUGCUGCUGAAGAAUCAAGUCCAAAUGUAGAGUCAGCCGUCGCUACUACGGAAGGGUAUGCGACUGAGGAUGUAAAUGUAGGUAGUGGUUGCUCGCGUCUGCGAGAACGUAAAACUAAGAUUAAUUAUAAGGAAUAA